AUGGCUUCGUCCCACUCGAGCAGACCCAAAUCCGGCCACGGGAACCCGCGCAAAUCCAACCACCGCUCCACCUUGUCUCUCCAGAAAAAAGAAAUCAAAAUCCACGUCUAUGAUUUGCUUCCGCCUGGCAAGGUCUCUUCCUUCCUGUGGGCUGUAGGAGGCUCGCUGCUUCAUUCGGGGGUUGUCAUCAAGGACAAAGAGUACGCGUAUGGCGGUCAUGAUCACCGCGGCGUCACCGGCGUGUACUGGACUAGGCCGGGCUUAGAGCCGCCGGGAGGGACCUUCAGGACGGAAGUGUUGCAAGGCUUCUGUUUCGCCACGGAUGAAGAGCUCGACGCAAUCAUCAGAGAGGCAUCCCACAAGUUCCAGGGCAUGUCCUACAAUCUUUUAACUUUCAACUGCAACCACUUCACCUCGUACCUCUGCGAGAAGCUGACGGGUAAGCCGGCGCCUGGAUGGCUGAAUCGUGCAGCGAGUAUCGGCGUCGCGCUACCAUGCGUCGUGCCGCGGGAAUGGAUUGCUCCUCCCGACCACGAUACAGCAGAUGGUGAGCUCUUGGACGAUGAUGAAGACGACGAGCGAGCAGCCAUGCUACAUGGCGAGCGUCGAAAACUCCCCCCGUUAGAAGAACAUGAUGACGGCCUGGACAGGACCCCCAGUCGAAGCACCCCAAGACCCGGCAGCCGGAAAGGAAAGGUUCCUCUGGCACGCAACUCGGACUCGCGCCUGUCCGGAGAGAGAGACACCAGCGGGAGAAAGAUCCCUCCAGCCGAACGAGCACCCGUCUCGUGA